AUGAUUUCCCUUAUCUUUGCUAUGGUCGUUGCGACCUUUGCAGUUAGCUCGGCGCAUCCAAUGGAGAAGCGACAGGCCAAUGGUCGGUGGAGUUUAUAUGCAUAUGGCAGAAAUAUCGAUGAGUUUCCUAUCUUUUAUGCGGACGGCCAAGCUCAGAUCGGUAAUCUAGCCAUGUCAAACGCAACCACUAAGUUCCCAGUUUCUUUGACGUUUGGCGAUAACCAAAUGGAGACAUCCAGCAAGGCGACUGGCUGCUCCUUCAAGGUUAUUGAUGGUUUGGGAGGCGAAGUUGAUAUUUCGAUAUCCACUGAGAGAGCGGGCCCCGGUAGCGGUGGACGAUGCUGA